AUGCCAAACGGCACGGCGGGCUCUCUGCACGACUCGAGACCCGUGUCGGCAAAGACCAGCUCGAGCUUCGACUUUGCGAAUCGCCCCCCGACCAACUACCAGAUGACGGCCCUGCCGCACAGCGCCAUCGGCAAUCUCUCGCGCACCGACCAGAUCGUGUUGCGACACUUUUGGGACAUCAAGUACGACGAGAACAAGUCUCGAGACCUCCAUUUCGAUUUGAUUCCCUACUGUGAGAUUUACCACUUGGUCAAGACUUCACCGGGGGCGAAGAUCAUCAGUCUUGGCAGCGCCAACGGCGUCUACAUUGGGUUCGAGCUCUUCUCAGGCUCCCAACUCCACAUCGACAUGGACGACAGCUGGCAGAACAUUUCGCACCACCGCGUCUCCUUCAAAAAGUACGACAAGAUGCUCAAGGACCCCGCGUCAGACGCGACCUUCAAGUCCUGGCCAAAGCCCCUGACCAUUGAAUUCCUCGAGGAGCAGUAUCAGCGCUGGGUGCUCGACCUGACCAGUCUCUGCUGGGAAACCGCCGAGGUUAGAGAGCUCGGCGGUGGCGGCGGCAGUGGUGGUGCCGGUGCGGGCGCGGGUGAUGGCCUAGAGGGGAGCAUCGACGGUGACUUGAAAGACGACAUGUUAUAG